CGGCGCGGAUCCAGCUCCCCAUCUCUGCUCCUACACACACAAAAGAAAACAACUCUCGAUUGGAAGUUGUGGAAUUUUCUCAGCCCCUAAGAGGCGCGCGGAUGCUGCAGCCCUGGCCCUCCUCCCGCCAGUUUGAGGUCUCCUUCGCUCGCCAGCCCUGUUAGGGACCGCAGCCCCUCGGCCUCAGCUGGGUCUGUCCUCCCCGCGUUUGCCUUCGCCUUUGCCCUCGCCUUUUCCCCGGGCCGAUUUGGUGAACUCGGCCUCAAGUCCAGGAGGUCUGUCUUCGCCGGUCCAUCUCCCGCGGAACUGGGGAGCAGAGAGCAAAGGGAGAGGUUCGUGGAAGGGAGGGAAGUAGGGGUGGUGCGAACCCCCAGAGCAUCAAACUUGAAGGAGGCACAGUAGGUGACAGCAGCCGCUGCAAGUGGUGGUUGGGGACCCGCGAGGGGGCGCCGCUCUGGGUACGGUCCAGCUGCGCGGGCUUCCAAGCCCGGGAGGCAGCCGAGAGAACCUGGACACUGUUCCUGCUCCCUCACCACCAAAACUUCUCCUCCAGUUCCCUCCUCUGCAAGACCCUGUAGCCUCUGCACCUGUUUUCUCGUCUUUAAGGGUAGGGAUUGCCCCCCUCCCCACGCCCCCAUCUCUGAUCCUCCCACCCUCACCCGCCCACCCCGCGGGUGAGUGCGGUGCCCAGGCGCGCGUGGCCGGAGAGGUCGGCUGCAGAGCCGGCAGCGCCAGCCACCCAGCCGCUCGCACUGCUCCAGCUGCCUGACCGCGCAGCGCGGGCUGUCCUGGACCCUAGGAGCGGACGGAACCGGACUUGCUUUGGGGACCUUCCAGGGCCCUCUCCGGGUCUGCUGGCUCAUCAUCGGACAGACCCUUCGCCCACAUCUUGUUUCCGCGUCUUGGCAGUUGUAGACUCUUGUGCUGCUUGCGGGCUAAGUGGAACUGUACUGAAAAUGGGUCCAAUAGGUGCAGAGGCUGACGAGAACCAGACAGUGGAAGAAAUAAAGGUGGAGCAAUAUGGGACACAAACCACACCUAGAGGUGAACUGGCCCAUGACCCUGAGCCAGAACUUAUAGAUAGUACCAAGUUGAUUGAGGUACAAGUUGUCCUCAUAUUGGCCUAUUGCUCCAUCAUCUUGCUUGGGGUAAUUGGCAACUCCUUGGUCAUCCACGUGGUGAUCAAAUUCAAGAGCAUGCGCACAGUAACCAACUUUUUCAUUGCCAAUCUGGCAGUGGCAGAUCUUUUGGUGAAUACUCUAUGUCUACCAUUCACUCUUACCUAUACCUUAAUGGGGGAGUGGAAAAUGGGUCCUGUCUUGUGUCACCUGGUGCCCUAUGCCCAGGGCCUGGCAGUACAAGUAUCCACAAUCACCCUGACAGUAAUUGCCCUGGAUCGGCACAGGUGCAUCGUCUACCACCUGGAGAGCAAGAUCUCCAAGCGAAUCAGCUUCCUGAUUAUUGGCUUAGCCUGGGGCAUCAGUGCCCUGCUGGCAAGUCCCCUGGCCAUCUUCCGGGAGUAUUCGCUGAUUGAGAUCAUUCCUGACUUUGAGAUUGUGGCCUGCACUGAAAAGUGGCCUGGUGAGGAGAAGAGCAUCUAUGGCACUGUGUACAGUCUUUCUUCCUUGUUGAUCCUGUAUGUUUUGCCUCUGGGCAUCAUAUCAUUUUCCUACACUCGCAUUUGGAGUAAACUAAAGAAUCAUGUCAGUCCUGGAGCUGCGAAUGACCACUACCAUCAGCGAAGGCAAAAAACCACCAAAAUGCUGGUGUGCGUGGUGGUGGUGUUUGCGGUCAGCUGGCUGCCUCUCCACGCCUUCCAGCUUGCCGUUGACAUUGACAGCCAGGUCCUGCACCUGAAGGAGUACAAACUCAUCUUCACAGUGUUCCACAUCAUCGCCAUGUGCUCGACUUUUGCCAAUCCACUUCUCUAUGGCUGGAUGAACAGCAACUAUAGAAAGGCUUUCCUCUCGGCCUUCCGCUGUGAGCAGCGGCUGGAUGCCAUUCACUCUGAGGUGUCAGUGACACUCAAGUCUAAAAAGAACCUGGAGGUCAGAAAGAACAGUGGCCCCAAUGACUCUUUCACAGAGGCUACCAACGUCUAAGGAAGAUAGGGUGUGAAAACGUAUGGAUGAAUUCUGACCAGAGAGCUAUAAAUCUGGUUGACGGUGGCUCACAAGUGAAAAUUGAUUUCCCAUUUUAAAAAAGAAGAGGAUCUAAAUGGAAGCAACUGCUGUUUAAUUCCUGGAAAACUGGCUGGGUAGAGCCUGUGUGAAAAUGCUUGAAUUCAAAGAUAAGGCAACAAAGUGGUUUACUUAACAGUUGGCUGGGUAGUAGUUUGAAUUAUGAGUAAAAGUAGAAAGAAAUACUUUUGACCAUUUUCCUGGAGGGAAGAAAACUUGAACAAGGAAUUAGUAUUACCAGCAUUGCUAAGAGAUGGUGGGUAAAUAAGUUGACACAUUAGGACCUGGAUUGGGGAUGCUGUGGAGUUCACUGCUCCCUGUUCAGCUGAUGAAAACACCAUUGAACAGAAAUUUCUCCAGGGAGCCACAAGCUCUUCUUCAUGGCAUUUUGAUUUUUUUGUUCAUUCUCUAGACAAAAUCCAUCAGGGAAUGCUGCAGGUAAAGGUCACCUACUAUAUGAAUGGUUUCAAGGAAAUAAACUGAAAUUUGCUAUAUAAUUAAUAUUUUGACAGAUGAUGGGGGAACUCCUCAACACUCAGUGAGCCACUUGUUCUUAACACCAGUUGCAUGUUUGGUGAAAAUUUCUUCAACUCUGAAUCAAAAGCUGAAAUUCUCAGAAUUACAAGAAAUGCAAACCGUCAUUUAAUUUCUAAUUUCAAGUUAACAUCUGCUUUAUGGAGAUACUAUUUAGAUCACAAGAAUAUAACUUGAUAAUUUUAAUCAUGGUUAAUUGUUAUACCUUUUUGAACAGGUAUAAUUUCUGUUAUUCCUGUUGGAGCUAAAUUUGUCUACACUAAAAUUUAAAGCAGAUUAGAGAAUAAUUUUUGUGGCAUGUUGUAACAUUUUACAGUGUUUAUAAGCUAUUUUUGCAUAGGUACAUAGCUCUGAUGUGUUUAAAGAACACUGCAGUGUUAUUUUCUUUGAAAUUCAUCUUCCAUGAACCCAUACUAAAUAAAACAAUGCAGUUACAUUAAAAUGGACCCAUCUGGUAAGAGACACUAAAAACAUUGUAUUCAUUUCGUCUUGCAAAUGUUGUAUUUCAACCAAUUUUACAUAGGUUAUUUAUCUUCUUUUCAAAAUAAUUAGCUAUAUUUUUGUAUAAAAUGAAUAUAUACAUAAUAAAAUUGUUCCUAUAAAUAGUAGAAUAGAUGUUACAGUAUUUUUUAUUUAAUUAUUUUAUGAAUAAAAUUGUUAUUUCAAUAGUACUUGACCAAAGAUGCUUUAAAAGCCUUCUAUGUUCAUAAAAAAUAACUGAGAUAUUAAACUAGUCAUAUGUCUUUAGAUGCUGUUAAAGUUUCAUUACAGUCAUAUCUUUUGUAAAUGUGACAAAAUUUGUGAAUAUAUUUUUAACACAAAAAACUUCAAUGUGCAUAUUAUGUAUAGUUAUAACAUUAAUUUUAUGAACUGGAGAGCUUCACUUUAUGGACAUAUUUAAAAUUCAUACUAUAGCUUUUAUUAAAUUCCUUCUAUGAUAUAUAUAAAAGAUUUUUUUAAGUGCACUGCACUUCUGGAAUACUGAAGAAGAAUGAAAACAAUAUGUUUGAUUAGGUGGAAGACUUUAAGAAUAGAAUUAAAAAAAUGUAUAUCUGUAAUAUAUAAUUGAAAGGUUCAUUUUUCUGAAUUUUUCUGAUUCAUUAGACUCAGAAAAAUUGUUAAAAAAUGAGCUUUUUGUCUUUUAAAUAGCAAUUACUUUGCUUCAGAUGCUUGUAAAAAACUAUGGUUAAAGAUUUACCCUCCCCCUUGGUGAAUUCUUACACUGUAAGAAAUGUAUAUGCUACUGUGUAACAUGUUGUAGUAGUAAAUUAUUAGAAUCCAAUUAAUGAUUCAAUUAACAUGUAUCUGAUUCAAUUCAUUAUGUAAAUUCAUUAAUAAAAUACUCUUUAUAUAGUGACUUUAUGUUGAAAUUUAAAAGUUGGGAAAAUUAGAGAAAUUGUGUGGAAUUUUAUAUGAGAGUGCUUGUCUAAGAGAAGGCAGUAAGACUAAUGCAACUAAAAAAGAAAAAUAAAGGUGGCUGUUCCACUGUUAG